UCCGGGCUGGGGCGGGUCAGGGUACAGAGAGGUAUUUAGCGUGACAGCCUGGGCCCUGGUGGGACUUACUCUCCCAUGACCCUUGGAGACCCAAGGAGUUGCUCAAGGCUUUAAGGUUCCAGCCCAAUGGAUCCCAAACUCGGGAGAAUGGCUUCGGCUCUGCUGGUGCUGCUGCUGCUGCUGGAAGGAGGCAUGUUUUCAUCCUCGCAGCCCUCGGGGCUCCUGGGGGAAGUCUUCCAGUACAUCGAUGUCCACCAGGAUGACUUUGUGCAGACGCUGAAGGAGUGGGUGGCCAUUGAGAGCAAUUCUGUGCAGCCCGAGCCUCGCUUCAGACAAGAGCUCUUCCGGAUGAUGGGCCUGGCUGCGGACAAGCUGCGGCGCCUGGGAGCCAGCGUGGACUCCGUGGACGUGGGUCAUCAGCAGCUACCUGACGGUCAGACUCUUCCAAUACCUCCCAUCGUACUGGCCGAACUGGGAAACGAUCCGAAGAAACCCACGGUGUGCUUCUACGGCCACUUGGACGUGCAGCCGGCUCGGCCAGAGGACGGGUGGCUCACGAACCCCUACACGUUGACGGAGGUGGACGGUAAGCUGUACGGACGAGGAGCGACAGACAACAAAGGCCCUGUCUUAGCGUGGAUUCAUGCUGUGAGCGCCUUCAAAGCCCUCGACCAGGAUCUCCCCGUGAACAUCAAAUUCAUCAUUGAAGGGAUGGAGGAAGCUGGCUCUGUUGCUCUGGAGGAACUUGUCCAUAGAGAGAAGGACCGGUUCUUCUCCAGCGUGGAGUACAUUGUUAUAUCAGAUAACCUGUGGAUCAGCCAAAGGAAGCCGGCGCUCACCUAUGGGACCCGGGGCAACAGCUACUUCACGGUGGAGGUGAAGUGCAGAGACCAAGACUUUCACUCGGGAACCUUCGGCGGUAUCCUCCACGAGCCGAUGGCUGAUUUGGUUGCUCUUCUUGGUAGCCUGGUAGACUCGUCCGGUCAUAUCCUGAUCCCAGGAAUCUAUGACCACGUGGCUCCUCUUACAGAAGAGGAAAAGAAGUUGUAUGAAGCUAUCGACCUGGACCUAGGAGAAUACCGGAAUAGCAGUCAAGUUGAGAAAUUUCUGUUUGAUACCAAGGAGGAAGUUCUAAUGCACCUGUGGAGGUACCCGUCUCUCUCUAUUCAUGGGAUCGAGGGCGCCUAUGAUGAGCCCGGAAUGAAAACAGUCAUCCCUGGCCGGGUUAUAGGAAAAUUUUCCAUCCGCCUGGUGCCUCACAUGAAUAUGUCUGUGGUGGAAAAGCAGGUGGUGCAGCAUCUCCAAGACGUGUUCUCCAGAAGAAAUAGUUCCAACAAGAUGGCUGUUUCUAUGACACUAGGACUACACCCCUGGAUUGCAGAUAUUAAUGAUAAUCAAUAUCUUGCAGCGAAAAGAGCCAUCAGAACAGUGUUUGGAACAGACCCUGAUAUGAUCCGAGAUGGAUCAACAAUUCCGAUUGCCAAAAUAUUCCAGGAGAUUCUCCAAAAGAGCGUGAUGAUGCUUCCACUGGGAGCCGUGGAUGAUGGCGAGCACUCUCAGAACGAGAAGAUCAACAGGUGGAACUACAUAGAGGGAUCAAAAUUGUUUGCUGCCUUUUUCCUGGAGAUGGCCAACCUGCAUCAGUAGUAACAGGGACCCUCCAGUCGAGUCUGACCCCGGACAGAUUCCUCUUUCCCAUAUCCCUGCACAGAAUGGAGCUUAAAUAGCCAUAGAAUUUAGGUUCAGUAGGGCCAUCUCCCCUCCAUUUAAAGUGUCUUGGGACCUUUGCACCAAUAAUAAAAUCUUUUAAAGGUGCAAACAUUGGAAAUGGUUGCAUGUCUCCUGCUGCAUACCAUCCUAAGGUCACAGCUGUCUUCAACAACUUGAUUUCCCCAAGUUAGCAUUAGCCUCGGGAGGGGGACUCGGUGUAACCUUCUGCAUCGCCAGGACAGUUCUUCAGCUGACCAGACUUCAACCUUGCAGCUUGACUGGCAUAAUCACUCCAGUUUGCCUCUAGGUCCAGAAGUGCCCACGACACAUAAUCAUCCUGUCCAACAAGUGCCAGCACUGACUUCGCUUCUACCACACUUUCCUUUAUCUUAUUAAUAAAACGUUGGUUUCCACCACUUA